CAAAAUUAGAGAUUGAUGUGAAGACCAAGAAUCAACCAGCUCUUGCCCAAAAAGGAGCGAAAGAAGUAAAUGAUUUAUUUUCGGAGAUAUUUGGAAAAGAAAAACAUGGUCGCGUGCGUGGUCUUGGUUUGGGCCCUGCUCCUACUCAUAUUUGGACCGACGCACCUUCACCUGCAGCAUGUAUAAGAAUGGCAACUGAGGCUAGAAAGAAAGCAGAGGAGGAAACAAAAGAGAUGAAGGAAAGAAUGAUGGUUAUGGAGACCCAGUUGGCUGAAAUGAAAGCGAUGAUGACAGCUAUGUUGCAACAUAAGUCUACUGAUUUCCACCAAACUAAUUAUACACCUACUAAUCCAUUGGAUGGUCGACAGAAUAUUGUUGAUGCGAAUAAUCCUAAAGAUGCAUUGGAGAGAGAAGAACGAUCGUCAUCAUCCAGCCACGAGUUUCAGUCUUAUCAGGAUGAUCAAGAAGUGCUCUUAAUGUCCGUUGGACAACCUCAUCGCCCCGUUGCACGAGGACUUCUGUUUAGCAAAGAUCCUUCUACUAUCGUAGGAGGCGAAAGGUUAGGUCAACAAUAUUGGGAGAUUUAUAUUGAGGUAGUAAUGAUACCUACAGAAAAUCUGAUUAGAAGUUAUAAUGGUAUGACGAAGAUACGUGAUGCUGCAAGAAAAUGUAUUGCUUGGCCAUCCUCUCUUGUUAAGCCAGUGAAAAGGUUAAGCCAGUGAAAAGGUUAAGCCAGUUACACGCGGAUUUGGGUAAUUAAGAUUGGGUCGGUU